AAUAAAAUCCAAAAGUUUUUCUACGUAUAUUAUUUUUCCAUGUGAUUCACAAUAUUUAUUUAUCAUUCAGUGAUGUGGAAAUUUUAAAGCAUAUUCAGUUUGAUAAAUUCAUAAGAUUUUUAAUUUAAAAUGUUUUACAUUCUUCAAACAAUAUAUUUAGCUCCUCUGAUUUAUUCAUUGGAUGCAAAUAGAAAUUUUUACAUAGAUUCUUUAAGGAAAUAUGAAUACGAAGAUAUUUCCCAAAAUAAAGAUACAAUUUAUUCUAGCACUGUUCCACCUUUAACCGCUGUAUCAGUUGACAAAGUAAGUAGAAGACACUAUGAAAUAGUAAACGUUUUGUGGAGAAAAACAAAAAUCUUCUUAGAUGUUGAUGCGUUAACUACAAGCCAAGUAAUUCCAGCGAGUGAUCCAAGUUUAACUUCAAUACUGUAUACAUCAAAUCAAUGUAUAAACCAGAGUUCUGGCACUACUCCUAGUGGUAUUGAAUUUUAUUAUUUAGACAAAAUAGAAGAACUAAGAAAACAAAAAGAUAUAUCCAAUCAACUGACUGAUCAAGGAAAAGACCUUAAAGUUGAAAACAAACAGCAAAAUAACGCCGGAGAUAAAUUAAAAUCUCGAAUUAUAAGACGACCAAUAUUUGCUUUACAUUUGAAUAAUAAAAACAUUAAAGAAGAUAAUGUAGACUCUGCAAAUUUUUAUUUGAAUUUAAACAAGAAUUACAAAAACCUCGAUUCUAACGAAACCAAUCAAUUACGGAGUCUUAUGAAUAAUUCAGCAAUGCUAUCAAAUAAAAGGAUAGCAAGAAAUAAUAAUAAUGAUUCUCAAUGGUUCAGUAUAUUUUUUAAUGAUCCCCUUAAUAAACUGAUACGAACAAGCACAAAUACAACAGUAUUGACAACAGAAUCAACGACAAUAUAUGACAGGAUAAAGUUUUUUGAAAUGUAUGAUAAAAAUACCGAACCUUCGACAAAAAUUGUUGAAGAUUUUUUACCAAAUGUAAUAGCAGUAAGUUCUAAUAAUAAUUGCGAAAAUAAGACUCAAAUUGUAAAUAAUGAUUUAGAAAGUCAAAAUAUGUACGUACUAAAUAGUAUUCACAAUCCUGCACCUUUUUUAAAAGAACCCGGUAUCUUAUUGAAGAAAAUACAAACGAUUUUAAAUGGUACAUAUAAAACAAAAACCAAUGAAAAAUUAUCUCUAAAUGUAAAUGAACAGAAUGAAAUAAGCACCAGUUCUGCCGUAUGCAAAAGAACGCCAAAUGUUUGGUCUAAAUUUCCCUACAUAGCAGCUUAUAUUUAUGAACCUUUGUCUAUUUACUGCGACGCCGCAGCUAUAAACAGCUACUGGUUAAUAGCCGCAGGCUCGUGCCUGGCGCGACAUCACAAAAGGAACAUGGUGACCGAGAGGUCCGCUUACAUUUCCUACUGCAGCGACAAAUGGUGGGAAACAGAAUCUGUCGCCUACGUCCGACGCAGUUUGAUACAUCCGUCGUACAGUUACCGUGAUAGAACACGCCGACAUCAUUAUAAUAUAGGUACAAUAACGUCCUUUUAA